AUGAAGUUCAACAGUAUCCUUCUGCACAUGCUCAUCUGCUCUUUCUCCAAGACGGCUAUAGCAAGUCAAUGUAAGGCAGCUUCUUACUCCGUACAAGAUCACUUGCUUACAAACCACACCAUCAAGGCCGGGCCUGCAGAGCUGAUUGAACACUGCAUCUCUCGUUGCAUCAAACAUCCCGGUUGCCAUAGCAGCAACUUUUAUAGAAAGAGAGGAUGGUGUGAGCUGAAUGAUAAAACGCAGGCUUCCCACCCUGAAGAUAUGAGACAAGUUCGAUUUACAAACUACAUGGAGAAUACUCUCAGACCUUUUAGCUGCAUCACCCACCCAGACUGUGGCAGUAAUUUGAUUUGUUCUUUAUCAAAGUGCGUAGGUGAGUUGGUAACGGUUCGCCACCAGGUAUAAGUAAUCUCUUGAUGCAAAAUUAUAAAUGGGCAGUACGGUGCACAGUGUGCUUAGCUGGGCGAUUUCUUGCGCGCUGAUCAGUCGAGGUUUCUCUUGUUGAAGAGCGUAGGUAGUUCGAUCGGUUACGGGUAACGCCCAACUGGUUAGAAGAAACGUCUUGACCAUUAAGGGCCCUGCUUUUAUAAGAGGUACGCCAGCCCGGUUAGCCGGAAUGGCUCGCUUAACAGUGCUGGAUCGGCUCAUGCCUUGUUUCCUUUUAAAAACGGUCCUCUUGUUUAUAUAUGAAAAGGUGGGCCGGCCUGCUUGCCGAAUUCUCGGCUCGUCGCCUCUGAUCGGCAAGCCAGGCCAGCUCGGCUCAGUCAUAUAAACACAACGACAAUUUUAAAAGGAAGCAAAGCAUAAGCCAAGUCAACCUGGCUGACCGGGCUGGCUAACCUCAUACAAACAGGCCCUAUAGAGUCUUAUGCUACUAAGUGUACAUUGUGCACACGAUGUAAAAUUUCCUUUAUAAAUAAGUUACAUACGACAAAACUAUAGGACCUAUAGCACGUAAAAAACAGGAGAGACAGUAAGUCACCGCCCUUCUUUAUUCACCUUAAUUUUACAUCUUUGAUACAUUGGCCCCUGGACCCGGGCUGUGCAGGGUUAAGUUUGCAUUUAUCUUCCAGAUUCAAUCUAGUCGUAUAUAUAUAUAUAUAUAUAUAUAUAUAUAUAUAUAUAUAUAUAAUUAAUCGAACCUUCAUACAUCGAAUAGAAUCGAUCGAGAGCUGUACACUCGUUGGUUUUACCACGGAUCAAACGUGUUGAUUGAGCGUUGUCCAACAAAUUGUUAGUUGGUGUUAAAUCCAUACAACGGAACCAAAUAAGUUUCAACUCUUUUAUUUUACUAAUUAGAAAUAGAUCUAGCAUCAUCCAUCAAGAUUAAGUCAACGCCCAAAAAGGUACUUAUGUGGAUCCAGAAAUGACAAUGGCCGACAUCAAUGAAGUCAGUGAACGCGUAUCGACUUCAGUUUAAGUUACAUUUAGCCACAACUUGAUGUUAAAUAAUAAGGUUUGUAUUUUACUAAUCGAAAUUUCGGAUUUUAUUUACAGAAUGCAGUAUUUAUGCACUUGGAAUGGAAAACAAUCUCUUGCCGAAUUCUGCCAUCACCGCCUCCUCGGUAUGGCCGCACAUCACUGGACACGACUCUUGGAGAGCCCGUCUCAAUAAUGUUCCAAAUGGGCACGCGGGCUGCUGGGUAGCGGGAAAUAAUAAAGUCGGCGAGUGGUUGCAAAUUGACUUGACGAAGGAGAGGCUGCUGACAAAACUUGCCACACAGGGAAGGCCUGCCUCAAAUCAAAGGGUGACGUCAUACAGCCUUUGGUUGAGCUCAGACAACGUCAAAUGGGAAGAAUACAAGGAAAAUGGAGUUGUAAAGGUAUGCGAUGCUGAUUUGAUCAACAAGAAUCCCGCGUGAUCCGGUCACCGAGAAAUGAGGGGAAGUCUCAUGCAAAGAAUGAGCGAAGGGGUUAAGGGAUCACAUGGGUAGCCUGGGAGCGUCGAGCUCUUCUGUUUGCUGUUCUUUUCUGCUCUUACGAUUAGUUUUGCGAGCUAAGCGGCAGACGUUCACUGCCGCGUGCCCUAAGGUUCUUUUUCUUCAAUGACCGUGACCGCUUUAAAUAAUGUAAACUGUUACUUUUUGUUUUAAAAGAUUCUCCUAAUGAUCACGUUGAAGAGGACGACCAGGCCAUCAAAAUAACUUACCUUACACUACUACAUGAGAAAUUUCUGCAAUUUGAUUGGCUUAGAGCAGUGAAAUUUCAGCUUAAUUUGAAAUACCUAUAGGUGAAAAUUACAAACCUUUUGUGGGUAGUAGUAUAAACAAAUAAUAGCAUGAUUUGUACGUGAUAUUUGGCAUAAAUACCACUCGUAAUAUUUCAAAAUUGUCUCAAAUUACGUAUAACAAUUUCGAAAUAUCACCCGUGGUAUUCAUGCCAAAUAUCACUACAAAUCAUGCUAUUACCUAUACAAAUUCAUGCAGCUCUACAUAAGUGCUGUUGUAAGCAUUGCGAAAGAAGUAAUGUCAAUAAAAAGGAUUCGUAAUUAAUAGUCACAGUGGCUAACUAACUGGAUUUAAACUAAUGACAGAGAAACUAACGACGGGGUGUCAAACCACUAAACAAAGUAUUAACAUGAAUGAUGGUUAAAAAUAAAAAGUCCUGUUCAUGUUGUGUCUGUGGCGAUAAAUCAAUAAAAAAUUGUUGAGCUUAUUGAAAAAGACAAAUAGAUGAUGAUAAAUGCCGUUGCUUCGUGCUGGAAAAACACUAAUCUGCUCUAGCAACUACGUAGUUUUCAGCGUACACCAAAUCAGCCUGGGGGGAGGGGGGCUACUUGGGUUAAUUUUUGCUGCGUAUGUGCCGCUGGCCUGUCAGCGUGCCUACCCCAUUAUCGGUCUAUUCUGUGGCGAACUAUAGACCCCAUCUUAGUCACUUUUGGGCAAAUAUGUAAUUUUCGCGAUCCCAACUUAGUCACUUUCUAUUUUUAUGAAUUGACCCGUAUUUUAGAUUGAAUGAAGAACACUUUACUUUUCAUCUGCAUUGCUAACCGGAAUUAUGAAGAACUGUCUUACCCCAAAAAAUCCGAAAAUGUGCGACCCCGUUCUAAUAAUUCUAUUUAAAAUGCGACCCCAUUCUAGUAACUCUAUUUAAAAUGCGACCCCAUUAUAGUCAAUCCAGUCGUGAAAACGCGACCCUGUCCAGCGGCACAUCCCCAUUAGCCUCUUAGAAGGAAAUACCCCCUCCCCCCUCCCACCGGGCAAAUCAGGAGGUAACCAGUUGCUUAUUUACUAGUAUGACCGUGGAUUUGAACUCUGAACAAUCGCAAAACACUGAAUCCACGUCGAAUAACGUCAGUGCGCAUGGCAGAAAUUGAGUAUACACAAGUCGUUACUGAGCCACAGCCCGAAUAGUAUUCAAGCAAACAAUAAAAUUAAGUAUAAUCGUAAUUAAUUGAGAUAUUUCUCAAUUUUUUCAUCAAUAAGUUUUAACGUUCGUAGUUUAUUAUCGUCAUCUAUUAUUUUUAUUCUUUUUUAUUCUUUUUUUUUUCGCUCCUGCUUCUUCUUACUUUUGCAGGUUUUCACUGGAAACUCGGACAGCAACACAAUUGUGUCACACGUUUUAAAGGCAAAGUUCACGACCAGAUACGUGCGAUUUGUUGUGCAGACGUGGUAUGAGCACAUAUCCAUGCGAGUGGAGCUGUACGGCUGCGCUGAAUCAUAGCUGAAAACUGCUUUGGUCUCUCCGAUCCUCUAUUUAGUCCAGUCCUGAUAAUACCUUAGCAGUCACCGGCACUCGGCUUUGAAGACCAGGAGAAUACAUAAUUCUUUUCCAUUCUUUCGUUCUUUUAUUUUUGUUUAUUCAGCCUGGAAUAAUACGCACAUAGACUCCAAAUGAACUAAAGUUCGAUUUCUUACUAUGAAUUGUAUCGACGGAUAAAUAUGACGGUAUACUUUAUAAAAUGUGUUUACCCCGGCGUAACUGGCGCAUCAUCAAAAAUAUACCGCAUGAUUAACAGUCUUAAUACUGCCUAAUGACUGAGCACGUUUCAAUUUUAAUUCGCUUGACAUUACAGCGACAUCUGAGGUUAUAUGUUCAUAUCACUAUUAAUACCGGAUAACUCUUGCGCUGGCGCGAAAAACAUACCGAAUGGGACUUUUGUUCAUACAUAGGAAGGGUAAUUUGGCGCUAUUUUUUUAACGGAGCAAACCUGAACUGAACAAAAUUGUGUAUAACGUCACCCAUCGAGGGGAGGAAGGCCUCCCCUGUGUGGCAAAAUUUGUCAGCAGCCUUUCCUCCCCGAGAUCAAUUUGUAACCACUGGCCAGCUUCAUUCGAAUCCGUCGACCAGGAGCCCCAAAAUUUGCCUUUUGGAACCUUACUGAGACGUUCCAGCCAAGCUCCGUGUGCAGAGGUCCCAUAUUCCGAGGCUGGACCGAUGGACGAAUUCGGCAAGAGGCUUCGUUCGUUCGGUAAUAAGGCGCUUAGCAACAACAACGGCGACGGUAACGAGAACGUCAAAAAAGCAACAGGUAUAUUAAGCAAAACAACAACACGUGUAUCAUACUUUUUUUUGUACAUUUCUUUGCCGUCACUGCACGACUACGACGUGAAAAUGCCUAAUUUCACGUUUCAUGGAGGGCUUACACAAGGGACGACGAAUUUUACAUCACCUUUAUAAACUUGAGUGCAGUCCUCAAGAGAUUAACUCCAGGGAAAUUCGCCUACAUUUGACAUUUUUAGCGAAUUGUAACUAUAAACCCGAAUUCAUUUUAAAAGUGACGUUUUCGCUGCCGUCGCCGGCGUCGAUGCUUUUAGGUUCCCUUUCUAAGGGUGAUAGACGCGCUGAAAGGAAGGAAUAUCAUUUUUCAAUUUUUUCUUUUUCCUAGAGCUUUUGACAGUAAAGAUGUAGUAUGUAACUUAAAUAGCAAUGGUGACACGACAAUAAAACGCUUAAAUUUAGACUUAACUUACAAGGGGGUACCCUGUUUGGGUGCCACGAAUUUAUCCAAAUUCAGAAUGUUAUAUCUCAACUCAUAUUUGAGAUACUGGAGAAGUUUUUUAGCUCUCAAAUACCCUUCAAUUACCUCAUCGAUGUUAGUGAAGUUUAAGCGAAAUCUAUUAAAGCGUUAGUUUGGAGUUUCAAGAUUAUUGAUAUCUCAUAAGGCGGCAAAAUAAGGCCUACAAUUCGCUAUUUUUUUUGUCGGAAAUUUUGUGUUUACAAGUGAUCUAUCGAGCGGUUUUCAAAUUACUCUCUUAUUUGUUUAAGUAGACCAAAAUGUUUACAAAACCUCUAACAAGUGCGUCUCGAUACAUAAUAAUCAAAUAUUUCUAUCUGGCAAUCGGCAAAGCUUCCUCCAUGAUCUUACACACACGUUUUUAAAAAGAUGGAACUGACUAUUAUGAGGUGAAAUUGCAUAUCAAAGCGCUUCGAUGUCUUCAGAUAACGGCCGAACAUCAAGAUUGUCUAACUAUUACAGUGUUUUUCUGACAACCAUAAAAGCUUUAUCCCUGAAAUAUCUCGAAAACACUCUAAUAGAUUUCGCUUAAUAAACUUCCCUAACACUAAAGCGGCUUUUGAAGAAAAAAGCUCUCGUGAACGAUUCUGGAAGGAGAGUUCGCAGUGCCUAGAAAUACAGCUGCAAGAAAAAGGGAAAAUGGCGUCAUUUCGUUGCUAUGACAACUCCGAUGGCAUGAUUGUAACCCUGAUCGUAACAAAUUUUCACCUUUAUCUAAUACAGCUCUCCACUGCAUGGUGGUAAUUUUUCAAUAGCGACGUAGUUAAUGCUCAAACUUGGGAGGUACUGACCCUGAAAAACCCCAUCGAGCCACCUUAAAGCUGGGCAGUUUUACCCUAACGAUUUGCGAUAUUAAAAUUGCAAAUGACCAUGUAAGUUAUUAAUAAUUGAUCAAAAAUAAAUUUUUCAGAUUUGGAUUGUUUUACAAUCAAAUUUUAUUAAUUGCGUUUCAGGAAAGUAAACCUUGGUAAUUUUGUUUCGGGAUUGUUCCUUUUAACAUCAACAAUCCAGGGAAAACUGCAGGGUAAGGACUGUCACUUCGAUCCGUUACGUUCAACUAACCUAUAGACUAACCAAAGCCAGUAAAUCCAAGAUAGCCGAUUAUUCAAUGAAAUAAGGCAUUUUGUUUCGCUUUUAAAACCAACAGCAUAUGUCACCGAGUUAGAAUGGUGGGCUGAUAUGAAUCUUAAAUUUUUAUCUCCUAGAAAAAUAAAUAGGGGGUGAUCGUUUUUACGAUUUUAUUUUUCUUCUUAGGCAAUGACCAUAAGUUUUCAUUAAUUUCUCAUUGUUAUCUCAUUUGUAAAAGUGCAUCGAAAUAUGGAUGUAUAAUUUUAAAAAGUGAUGCAUUGUAGGCACCAACGCGUAUUGAUCAUGCUUUUCAGACCGGCCACCGUAAACCUCGACUUUUUGAGAGAUUCCUAGUAUUCCUUACAGAUUACAGCGGAACGUAAAAAGCUAUUGAAAUAAUAGGCUAAAACACUUGUUUCCUGGCAAUAAGACUGAGAAAAGACUUAUGCUACAUAAAUACCCUCUUCAGUUGUAAUAGCGUUAAAUUUAUUUCUUUAAUUAAAGUACUUUUUUGGGGGGUGCUCCGAUGAGGAAUAUUCAUCUCGCGCCCUCUUGUUUUUACUUUUUUAUCGUUGUUUGUUCACCUAGGCUCGAACAAUUAGUUUUAUUUUGUAUUUGUAAAAUAAUUAUUGUUGCACGGCCUAGUUUAGUUAAGUUUAUUUAAAAAACUUAAUUGCUUCCUCUAGAAGGUGUUUUCAGCUGUGAUAUGGCCGUUUUCUCAACAAACUUCGUUUGCGUAGGACGCAGUCAUCGGUUCACACUUUUAGCAAAAGACUCUCAUGGUGAUUGGUUUAGCAAAUAAUGUUUCCAGUUUUGCCUCAUCCCGACAUUUUAACAAUUUAUUAGCUUUUCUUUUCACUUGAACCGUGUUCAGCAGAAUUUUAGUCAUUUUUUCAACCUUACUAAAAUUCAGGAUUUUUAACAACUGGGUAUAAUAACCUUCCAAAACGACCUGAAUUUUUCUACCAAAAAUUCGGCCUAUUAGAAUUUAAGAAAUAUCAUCGAAGAAAUUACUGCGCGAAUUCAUCCAUUUAAUAGAGGUUCAAUUCAAUCCCUUUGUUUCCAAGCUCCCAUCCUUAAUUACCUUGAAACACCUAUUUUCUGCAUAUAAAUGCAUGCAAUAUAUACUUUGUAAACUGUAACCUGUUACAUUGCCUUAGCUUAGAUAAAUAAACUGAAAAGUACCGAGACUUCACGUUGUAGUUUCAUCGAAAGUGUUCUCUACAUAAAACUAUCCUUUAACGUCGUUAACUUUAUGAAUCUGACAGAAAUGAAUUUCAUCUGUAUCCUUCUGCACAUGCUCAUUUGCUGGUUCUCCAAGAUGGCUAUCGCAAGUGCCACCGCAAGUCAAUGUAAGACGGCUUCUUACUCCGUACAAGAUCACGUGCUUAUAAACCACGUCAUCAAGGCCGGGCCUGCAGAGCUGAUUGAACACUGCAUCUCCCGGUGCAUAAGACAUCUCGGUUGCCAUAGCAGCAACUUUUAUCGGAAGAGCAGAUGGUGUGAACUGAAUAAUAAAACGCACGCUUCCCACCCUGAAGAUAUGAGACAAGUUCCACUUACAAACUACAUGGAGAAUACUCUAAGACCUCUUACCUGCAACAACGACUCAGACUGCGGCAGCACUUUGAUUUGCUUUCUUUCAAAGUGCGAAGGUGAGCUCGAGUUUGGUGACUAGCUGAUCUUACUAGGCUAUACCACAGAAUUUCCUUCCUCUUCUCUGCAACUAAGCCCGAAAGCGGGGACGGUCCGAACAUUCGGCGAGAAGAAGACCUUCGUUCUUCGAGAGUCCUAAGUUGUGGGGGAGGAAAAUGACGUGGGAGCACCAGGGAAGGCGUGAGAGGAAGCAGCCCAAACAGCGGGAGGUUUUACCCGUACCUUCUCCUAUCCCCAAGUUACUUUGAGUUAGAAGCAGAAGGACCACUAUUUAAAAGUCAUAUACUAUCAGGCGCUCUCACUGCGGAUGAUAAAGUUCGUCUGUUCUGUUUUGUUUCGUUCUGUUCCACCACUAGGAUAAUUAAUGGUGCUAGUAAGCACACAUUCUCUCUUAACUGUGUUACCACACAGAAUAUGGCCUUAUGGUAAAUACCUUGAUUCGAUUACUGUCAUGUUUCGCUGUCUGCCAUUAUUUUAUUGUUCACAGUCCAGCUUGGUCAGUCGCACCUUUUUUGACCACAAGGCUGUUCAUUACGACUGUAGGCUUGUUCAAAUUCUAAACUGUACUUUAAAAGAAACAACUGUACUUCAAAGUCUUAAACGUAUUUUUUCUUCUUUAACACAGAAUGUAGCACUCGUGCACUUGGAAUGGAAAAUAAUGUAUUGCCAAACUCAGCCAUCACAGCUUCAACAGUAUGGCGGACCGUUGGACACGAACCUUGGCUAGCUCGUCUAAAUAAUGUUAAAAAUGGCCACAUGGGAUCCUGGUCGGCGGAUUUGAAUGAAGCUGGACAGUGGUUACAAAUUAACCUUGGGGAGGAGAGACUGGUGACAAAACUCGCCACACAGGGGAGGCCUUCCUGGUCCCCUCCUCAAUGGGUAACGUCAUACAAAAUUUUGUUUAGUUCAGACAGUGUACAUGUCAAAUGGGAGGAAUACAAGGAAAAUGACGUUGUGAAGGUAUGGAUUUUAUGGAUGGAUUUUUUUAUGGAUUUUUAGCUAGUUUUUACUUAGCUAGCGGCGUCUAGUAGGAGUCGGAGUAGUAAGCGGAGUCGUGACAUCGUUUAAAACCUGUUGAAAAUAAAAAUUCGGACCGGACUCGUAAUCGGAGUUAUCAUAGCGGCGCAAUCGGAGUGGGAAGAAUCAAAACGUUUCCGUUUUCUUCCGACCCGCUUACCAUAUGUCUCCGUCGCUUACGAUCAAGUGAAACUAUCACGUUGUCGGAGUUGGAUGCAGAAACGCAAUAAUGAACCAAUCACAAUGUUAGUUCCUACGCUUUGUGUUUGGUUAAGGUCUUCCGCUUUUGCUCGCCAGAGGGGGUUUGUUUUAAAAGUAACGUUUUCAAACAUCCAGCCGCAUUUAUUUAUUUAUUUAAAUUAGUUAACUAUUUUGUUAGCUAGGUUGUUUAUUUGCCAUUCGCCACUUUAAAAUGAAAAGGGAACUGGGUCGAGUUAACUUUCGCAAAGACUUCUGGGACUGUUAUUGGAGACAAGGAAAAAUAUUGGCCAAUAGCUGAUCGGCGCGUCCCAAGUAAUACUUAACAUUUAAUUUCGGCUCCAGCUCCCUUCUUUUUUUCUAAAGGUGCGCAAAUUGGAAUAUUGCUUUGGCCUUUCCUAACAGGUUUCUCUAUUGAGAAUCGACGUCAUGGGUUACUUUGUAUCAACAAUCUUCCCAAUGCAAUUUACCGUUAAGUCUGACUUUAAGAAAAACUGCUUCUCUGUGAACGUUGUUAUCGAAUGAAUGUAUUUCAAAGUAAUGAAUUGUACACAUUUAUUUCCUUUGCAGGUUUUCACUGCAAAUUCUGAUCGCAACACCAUCGUGUCACACGUUCUAACUCCAAGGUUCCGGGCAAGAUACGUGCGAUUUGUUGUGUUGACAUGGCAUAACCAUAUAUCUAUGCGAGUGGAGCUUUAUGGCUGUUCUGCACCAUAG